UAGGCCGGAGCCGUAGCCGUAGCCUCUGUAGGCGCUUGUUGUGUUGUUCGUCGUCAACAGUAGUGCGUCUGUUUCUGUGGUAUUUUGUAUUUUGUUUUCCUACGCCCGGCUGUGGUUCUCUAGUUACUUCCUCGCAGUUUCGCUGUGACUGAUUUCAACAUGAUGACGCUCACACUUCAGCGAGAAUAUGGCUAUGUUGUCUUAGUAGGUGUGGGGUCAGCAUUUGUGAACUUAUGGCACCAGUCUUUGGUUGGAAGAGCCAGGAAGAAGUAUGAUGUUAAGUACCCAGCGAUGUACUCUGACAAAAACAUGGUUUUCAACUGCAUUCAGAGAGCCCACCAGAACUACUUGGAAAACUACCCUCAGUUUUUGUUCCUGCUGUUUGCUGGGAGUCUUGAACAUCCAGUGCUUGGUGCAGCUGCUGGAGCUGUCUACCUUGCUGGAAGGGUUUGCUAUGCCCUAGGUUACUCAACAGGAGAUCCUUCAAAGCGUUAUCGUGGAGCCUUCCAGUACCUUGGACUGCUGACCCUUCUGGGCACCACUAUCAAGUUGGGUGUGCAUAUGUUGGGCUAUCUCUGAGCUUGUGUAUAUGUCACUGUUGUGCUAUUGAAUCAACAGUCUGCAAGCAGAACUGGUUUUUAUCCCAUAUGGAAACAAUCAGAGGUGGGCCACUCCACGCCAGAUGAUCCGAAGUGGGCGCUCGACCAUAGUAGAUAAAAAAAAAAAAAAUGCAGGUAGAAGACCAACGUGGAAGAGUAGUGCUGGAGAACGCAGCUCAAAAUACAUCACCUUUAAUUUUUUAGAGGCCUAAAUAAGUAUGGUAAAGUCAGAAAAGUAUACCUCACCUUUUUACCAUUUAUUCACCCGCGCGUGAUGUGGCAAGAUACCGCAUGUGAUAUUUAUGUUUUGGAAAGGUGUAAUAUCCCACACUGUGUACGUUAGGCAAAGCAGGUUUCUCCCUCACCUUCUAAUGGUACGUCUAGACGCCGCCAUUUCCUUUCCGUUUGGCAGUUUUUUUUGUUUUUUUACUGCUUUCGGUGGUACCUCAGGAGUGAAGUCUUCACUGUACCUUAUUGAGUGUCGCUCCCAGGUAUGUCCUCAAAGCGUUCCAUCUUCACGUGCGUAGUACAUCGCGUGGUGGAGCUAAAAAAUGUAAAAUUUGCAAUUUUCCCAACUUGCAGUUGUAUUUUAAAAAAUUAAAGAUAACAGCUGCAUCCUCCAGAACCGCUGUUCUAUGGGAGUCUUCUACCUGCACACAUUUUUUGAAAAAAAAAAAAAAAAAUCUGUCAUGGUCAAGCGGCCACUUUCAGUCGUGGCAUGGAAUGGCCCAGGUUGUUAACCUUUAAAAUGUGGAUACAGAUAAAUGAGUUACGACGACAGAUACCUCAUGAAAGAAUACACUGAUACAAUGGCAGCUGCAUGAGAAGAAAGUACAUUACCUUUAUGGUUGCCUCCUUCCACCCCCUCCAAAUGCUCACGAAAAAAAAAAAAGAGCCAUAUCGUGGUGCAUUGAAUAACGCAUGUUUUUGAGAAGCUUACAAACAUUUUAAGGACAAGGAAAUAUCCUGGAACUAUAUCAGCAACAGGUUAUGAAAACAUUUUUAUUGACAAAAUAUAGACGACCUGCCCACUGAAAUACAGGAAACGGGAGCUAGGAUUUUCCGACAUCAGCCCCUCCCCGGACUCCCCAAUGAUCUUAGAGUGCAGUACGUGUCCCUGGCUGGGGGGGCAAACUGUAGCACACAGAACUAGUUAGGCCUUGGGCACCCGCAACUCCAUCUGCCACACUGUCCCAGUUGGACAGUAAUAAUUGGGCAGAUCCAGGAUUUUUCUGAUGUGUGGGGGAUAGCAUGCUACAUGCACUACAGGGGGUGUCAAUGGAAUAUCUGAACUAAUGGAAUCUGAACUUGGGGCAGUUGGUACAUCACUGACCAGUUUUGCGGCGCGAGAACAGUACAAAGAAAAGGACACACACCACGUCGGCGUCGUGGUGUGUGUCUUUUUCUUUACGCUGUUCUUGCGCCGCAAAUCUUGUCAGUAGUAUGUGAAGACAGAAAUUAAGGGGGGGGGGGGCAGGACAUCCGGAACCCCUCCCCUCUAGUAAUAAUCAAGCGACUGUGAUCUAAGUUCUGUUUUUGUUAUUGAUCUCUUGCGUGGCCUUCCAUUAACCCAAAACAACACUGUCAUUUCAAAGUUUUGGACAGAACCAAAUAGAAUCAUAGAUUGAGAACUUACCCGUCAAAAUGAACUCGUUACAAGUUCAGUUACAGUGUGAAAAAUGUAACUAAAUUAAUAACGAAGUUCUUCAGCCUGAAAUGUAGCUCGCAGUUACUGAGUUACUUAAAAAAAAAACGAGUUACUUCCAAGUUACUUCGGACACAAAAUAACAUUACGCAGGUGCAGCGCGCGUGAGUAGUUGAGUUAGACCUUGAGUUGCCUGCGGAGGAGUGCAUCACGCUUGGAUCGUUUUCGUUUAUGUCCAACAAUAGACCUCUCCCUGUUUGUAAACAAAUGACGUCAUAGUGUUCGACAGCGCCACAUAUUUGGUAGAAUUGAACUACGCUUGAAGCUGGAGGUGAACAAAGUCGCGUCCGUAAUUGCUUACUCGUGUAAUACGUUUAUACAUAGCACAGUAUUGUAAUGGGUAUUCAGUGCAUAUUUAGAGGGAAACAUAAACAUGGUUAAGGCUUGUGUUUAAUUUUGUAUACACUUUAUUUUAUACGAGUAUCAUGAUAUUUUCUGCAGGAUAGCUCAUGAGAUAUAUACAACCACCUCUGUAUCUAUGUAAACACAUUUACAUCCUGCAAUAAAAUUACUAUUUUCUACAUAA